CCGGGCGCGGAUCACGUGACCGCCGGCGCGGGUCACGAGAACUCACUGGGGCGGCGGAUGCUUCCUGGCCGGUUCCUCCGCCGGGGACCAUGGCCAACGUCUCUAAGAAGGUGUCCUGGUCCGGCCGCGACCGCGACGACGAGGAGGCGGCGCCACUACUGCGGAGGACAGCGCGACCAGACGAGGGGACGCCGCUGCUGAACGGGGCCGGGCCGACCGCGCGCCAGUUGCCACAUUCUGCAUUUUUCCAAAUUGGACAAAUGAAAAACAUGGAGCUGGAUGAUGAGCCCUUGGAUCCGGAAGUGGACCCACCCCACCCCUGUCCCAAGGAGAUCCCACACAAUGAGAAGCUUCUGUCCCUCAAGUAUGAGAGCUUGGACUACGACAACAGUGAGAACCAGCUCUUCCUGGAAGAGGAGAGGCGGAUCAACCACACGGCUUUCAGGACAGUGGAGAUCAAGCGCUGGGUCAUCUGCGCCCUCAUCGGGAUCCUCACUGGCCUCGUGGCCUGCUUCAUCGACAUCGUGGUAGAGAACCUGGCUGGCCUCAAGUACAGGGUCAUCAAGGAUAACAUUGACAGGUUCACAGAGAAGGGUGGGCUGUCCUUCUCUCUCCUGCUGUGGGCCACGCUCAAUUCAGCCUUUGUGCUCGUAGGCUCCGUGAUUGUGGCCUUCAUUGAGCCAGUAGCUGCAGGCAGUGGGAUCCCACAGAUCAAGUGCUUCCUCAAUGGGGUGAAGAUCCCCCACGUGGUGCGGCUCAAGACAUUGGUGAUCAAGGUGUCUGGCGUAAUUCUGUCCGUGGUGGGAGGACUGGCUGUAGGAAAGGAAGGGCCCAUGAUCCACUCCGGGUCGGUGAUCGCAGCCGGGAUUUCCCAGGGAAGGUCAACGUCACUCAAGCGAGAUUUCAAGAUCUUUGAGUACUUCCGCAGAGACACAGAGAAGAGAGACUUUGUCUCAGCAGGAGCUGCGGCUGGAGUGUCCGCUGCAUUUGGCGCACCCGUGGGUGGCGUCCUGUUCAGCCUGGAAGAAGGUGCCUCCUUCUGGAACCAGUUCCUGACCUGGAGGAUUUUCUUCGCUUCCAUGAUUUCCACCUUCACUCUGAACUGUGUUCUGAGUAUCUACCAUGGGAACAUGUGGGACCUGUCUAGCCCAGGCCUCAUCAACUUCGGCAGGUUUGAUUCAGAGAAAAUGGCCUACACCAUCCAUGAGAUCCCCGUCUUCAUCGCCAUGGGUGUGGUGGGUGGCAUUCUCGGAGCUGUGUUCAAUGCCUUGAAUUACUGGCUGACAAUGUUUCGGAUCAGGUACAUCCACCGGCCCUGCCUCCAGGUGAUCGAAGCCAUAUUGGUGGCUGCUGUCACAGCCACGGUUGCCUUUGUGCUGAUUUACUCGUCCCGGGAUUGCCAGCCCCUGCAGGGGAGUUCCAUGUCUUACCCGCUCCAGCUCUUCUGUGCAGACGGCGAGUACAACUCCAUGGCUGCGGCCUUCUUCAACACCCCUGAGAAGAGUGUGGUCAGCCUUUUCCAUGACCCACCAGGCUCCUACAACCCCAUGACCCUGGGCCUGUUCACCAUUGUGUACUUCUUCCUGGCCUGCUGGACCUAUGGGCUCACCGUGUCUGCUGGAGUCUUCAUCCCGUCCCUGCUCAUUGGCGCUGCCUGGGGUCGGCUCUUCGGCAUCUCUCUGUCUUACCUCACGGGGGCAGCGAUCUGGGCAGACCCUGGCAAAUACGCCCUGAUGGGAGCUGCCGCCCAGCUUGGUGGGAUUGUGAGGAUGACCCUGAGCCUGACCGUCAUCAUGAUGGAGGCUACCAGCAACGUGACCUACGGCUUCCCUAUCAUGCUGGUGCUGAUGACUGCCAAGAUCGUGGGUGACGUCUUCAUUGAGGGCCUGUACGAUAUGCACAUCCAGCUGCAGAGCGUGCCCUUCCUGCACUGGGAGGCACCAGUCACCUCGCACUCACUCACUGCCAGGGAGGUGAUGAGCACCCCGGUGACGUGCCUGAGGAGGAGGGAGAAGGUCGGGGUCAUCGUGGACGUCCUCAGUGACACAGCCUCCAGCCACAAUGGGUUCCCCGUGGUGGAGGAUGCAGGUGGCACCCAGCCAGCCAGGCUCCAGGGCUUGAUCCUGCGCUCCCAGCUCAUCGUCCUGCUGAAGCACAAGGUGUUUGUAGAGAGGUCCAACAUGGGUCUGGCGCAACGGCGGCUGAGGCUAAAGGACUUCCGUGAUGCCUACCCACGCUUCCCCCCAAUCCAGUCCAUCCACGUGUCCCAAGAUGAGCGGGAGUGCACCAUGGACCUGUCCGAGUUCAUGAACCCCUCGCCUUACACCGUGCCCCAGGAAGCAUCUCUCCCUCGGGUGUUCAAGCUGUUCCGGGCUCUGGGCCUAAGGCACCUGGUGGUCGUGAACAAUCAUAAUCAGGUGGUCGGGCUGGUGACCAGGAAGGAUCUGGCCAGAUACCGCCUGGGGAAGGGAGGCCUGGAAGAGCUCUCAUUGGCACAGACGUGAAGCCUGGCCCCACUUGGUGGGCAGUGGCACCCCGGCCCCUUUGUGCUUCAACCUGGGGUCCCUGGUCUCUUGGCCAAAGCCUUACUUCCUGGGCAGCACAGCAGCAGGAUCAAGCACCCCCAUGUCGGGGCCUAGCUGACCUGUGAGCCUGCCCUUCAUCAUGGACACAUGGUUUACAUCCUCAUUGCUCCCCCAUGCCCCGGCCCCUCAGCACCCCACCACCACCAUGGUUCUCUUCCUCUCUGGGAUCAAGUGUGCAUAUAGCUGUGUCCCUGGCUGCUGGCUCCCCAGGCCAGCAGAGGGGCAGAGCGUGAGGCAGGCACACUGUGCCCCUGGCUGCUGCUUCUGUGGAACCCACCCUCCAGCCACACUGCCCUCCCCACCAGAAGCCUCGUGGCCAGGGCUCAAGGACGCUGUGCUGCCCCAUGGGGCCUAGGCCUGACCUAACUUAGGUGAUCCCAGACCCGGAAGAUAGGAAGAUGGGCCCAUGCCAGGGUCUGGGACUCAGAAUCCCUGAGGCCUGAAGCUCACAUUUGAAGACAACUAGGAAGGCAGUGCGGGCCAUGGUGUCAGCAGUGACUCCCUUCUGGCUCCAGUGGCCACCAAGUGUGCACCAUGAGGGUUGGUCUCCUGUAGCCUAGUACAGGGUGGCUCUGGGCUGGUGACAUGGGCCCAUAUCCUGGUAGAGUUGACCAGGCCUGGCUAGGUCUGUGUUCCUUGGAUCUCCCUCAUGAGCACUUUGUGAAGGUGGUUCUGGUAUUACAUGGGUCUGGUUUGUGGAACAUGGCGAUUGUUACCUGAGCUCCUCCAAGGAGCUGCCCCUGCUCUGCCUUUCAGGAGGUACAGGCCUACACGUGCCUGGCUCUGCGUGUGAGGAAUUUACGCUGGCUCCAUCCCAUCCCUCUGCCUGAGGCCUGGAGGUCAUGGUGGCCGCAGGCGAUCGGCCUCCUGUAAUGCCAGCUGUAGUUCUCUCUGGGCAGAGGAACAACAGCCACCUGUGGCCCUAUGGGCAGAGCCAUAGAUGGGGUGGGGGCUGGUAAAACACCCCCUGGGUCUGACUUCCUCACUCCUACCCAGGGCCUUACUCCCAGGAACUCCCUGCAGACCAUUCUCCAUGGGCCAGGAUAGGCCCCUUCCCCAGGGAGGCCUCAGCCCACAUGGCUUCAGGACCAGGUCUUGUCUGGCCACCUUGUCUGCCCGAGUGGGUAGGUGAGUGGCGAGGACCAGAGCCCCUCCAGGUGGGAAGGAGAGCGUGGAGCAAAGGGAAGAGAAAUAACAGCACAGGGCCUCCAACGAUUGGUACCAAAAAAGCAUGUGCAAUCUGUUGUUCAUAGUUCUAUGUCAGUUACAUGUCGAGAUGAUAUUUUGGAUAUACUAGGUUAAAUAAAAUGAACUAUCAAAACUCA